UCGAGAUGAUUUCUGUCGCCUGUACUUGGUGGUUAGUGCCUGUCUUCAAAAGUGGCCGACGCGGCGAGACUUUUAUUGGCCAGGAUGGGGGUGGGGAGCCCAUCAACACCCGCUGAAGUUUUGACAGAUCCUCAUUUCUAGCGGGGCAUUGCAGCAGGAAACGCAUCAACUCGAGUCUUUUUUUCAUCUGUGAUGAAUUUGUAACCACUUCGUGUCCAUGAUCAGCGCGUUUCAUCCCGUUUUCUGCAGCUAAGUGCAACACAGUAUGGCCUGUUUAUAGGCCCCUCCAAACAGUCUGGUCCUGCAAUGACAGAAAUAGCCAUGAGUAAAAACACAGUCCUCUGCAUGUGGCUCUGUUUUAGGCAGCAUUUGCCCCUAAAGUGCGGAUACUAGGGGCUUACAGGGGUCACCAACACGAAACUUUGUGUGUUUUUAUUCCUGAAAUGGCUGGGAAAACCUGUAAGAAGUAGUGGGUCAAGUUAUCAGGCAGAAAAUGGAGGAUGAAUCCUAAAAAGAGUUUGUUAAAUCUUUCUUUGUUUGCUCAGAAUGCCAGGAAGACAGUGACUGUGGUGGUGCAGCGAGCCAUGAACUCCCAGGAUCUCCCUGCCAAAGAUGCCCCGCUUACAGUCAAUGAGCAGCCAUUCACUGUCUGACUGCAGAAGUCUUUUUUCAGCCAUUUAAAUCCUGCACUUUGAAAUUCCCUGCCAAAGACAACCAGGUCAUUGUGAUGUCCGGCCAUGAGACUAUUCGUGUGCUAGAGGUAGAGGUCGAUGCAUCUCUGCCAUCAUCAGUAACUGAUGGGAAGAGUGAAGGCAAAGCUGAGGAGGGAGUGGCUCGGGCCGCAGAGCAAACUGAGGGCAGCAGCACCCAGGAUGGCCCCACUGUGCCCCAGAGCACCGGGGGAAUAGUGCUGGGUGAGCAGCAGGGGGUGUCUGUAGAAGCUCCGGCCCCCGCUGUCCAAACGCUGGCUCCGGCUGUUCCCAUCAGUGUGUCCCUGCCGCAGCCACAGGCCGCCAUGCCCAUCACUGUACAAGGCUGUCCACAGGUGCUGACCCAGGAAAGUCUAGCCACGUUGAUGACUGGUAUGAUGGCCCAGACAGGGUCGCUGGGCCAGCCCCUUCUAAUCCCCCUGAGUAUGGCGGGCUCCAUUGGUGGCCAGGGCAGCCUGGCCGUCCUCACCCUCCCCACCACCAAUGUAGCUACUCUCCCUGGGCUCGCAGCAGCUAACCCGGCCGGAAACCUCCUCAAGCUGCCCUUCGCUGGCCUCCAAGCGGCUACAGUGUUGAACUCAGUCCAGCCGCAGCUGCAGACAAAUGCACAGACAGUGUUCCAGUCUCAAGCAGCCUCCAUGCAGCCAGUCCAGGCUGCUGGUUUGCAGCAGGUGACGUCUCAGCCAACACAGGUGACCAGUGCGCAGGCCACUGCUGCUCAGGUGGCAGCAGCCCAGGCAACUUCGGCCACCACCACCGUCUCUCAGUCCAACAUAUCUGUGGCAGCACUGCAGACCGCUGGACUCUCCCUCAAUCCUGCUAUUAUCAAUGCUGCUUCGUUGGGAGCACAGCCCCAGUUCCUCAGUUCCCUCACCUCCACUCCCAUCAUCACCAGUGCCAUGUCCAACAUGGCUGGCAUCACCAGCCAGAUCAUCACAAAUGCCCAGGGACAGGUUAUAGGAACCCUCCCGCUGUUGGUGAACCCAGCCACUCUGGCCGGAGGGGCUGCUACUCCCACCCUCCCCCUCCAGGGUCUCCAGGUACAGACUGUUGCCCCACAGCUGCUUCUCAACACCCAGGGCCAGAUCAUUGCCACUGUAGGGAAUGGACCUGCUACAGUUGCAACUUCUGCUGCAGUUCUGCCCAAAACAGCUGCUCCUCCAACACUGACCAAGCCUAACACACAGGCUUCGGUAACCACUGUCACUCAGUCACCAGUUGUCAUUGCCCCGCAGCCAUCUGUACUGAAGACCGCCACCACGCUCUCCUCCACAGUACCCAUCACCUGUGGCGACAUAGCAAAAGUGGGCCAGCUUGUCAGCAAACCCCAGCAGGUCGUCAGCAGCGAGGAAGGCAUUAAUCUGGAGGAAAUUCGAGAGUUUGCCAAGAAUUUCAAGAUCCGACGGCUGUCCUUGGGGCUUACUCAGACACAAGUAGGGCAAGCUCUGACUGCAACUGAGGGUCCAGCUUACAGCCAGUCUGCCAUCUGCAGGUUUGAAAAGUUGGACAUCACCCCCAAGAGUGCUCAAAAGCUAAAGCCGGUGCUGGAGAAGUGGCUGGCUGAAGCCGAGCACUGGAACCAGAAAGGCCAGCAGAAUCUGAUGGAGUUCGUUGGUGGCGAACCUUCCAAAAAACGCAAGCGGCGCACUAGUUUCACACCGCAGGCAAUAGAAGUUCUUAAUUCCUACUUUGAGAAGAAUGCACUGCCAACAGGUCAAGAGAUUACUGAAAUUGCGAGAGAGCUAAACUAUGACCGAGAGGUUGUGCGAGUAUGGUUCUGCAACCGGCGACAGACGCUGAAAAACACAAGCAAGAUCAAUGUCUUCCAGGUUCAGUAGCAGCUUCAUUCUGGGAGAGUUCUCCAUUGAUUGAUUUUAUCCUUUCGGGAGGCUGAACAUUUAAUACAACAACACAGAUGUAGAUAAUGUUAUAUAUAUGAUUUAAAAGGCUGAAAGAAUAUGAACUUUUUGAGAAAAAGAAGGAAAUACAUGAUUGAAGUCUUAUGAAAGAGUACUUAAAAUGAGUUACUGUUGUGUUUUAAAGCUGUAUGUGUGUACACUACUUGUGUGUGAUGGGUACGAAGUCUAACUGCAUGGUCCGCUUAUCAUGAUAAUAACAUGUAAAAUUGAAAAACAUUUGUUGAACUUUUAUACAAGUGGUUUUAUAGGCUACGUGAUUAUUUUAAGAGGACGAGUAUUGAGUAACAUUAAUUUUAAUCACAUUUGUGUCAUUUUGGCACAAUGAAUGACAUUAUGCUGAUGCUUGGAUGUUUUCAAAAUUUUAGCUCCUUGUUUACUUUAUGUUCACAUGGUAUUUAUACUGCAUGAGCAGCUCUGCAAACGUAAAUAAGAUUCUGACGUGCAUAAAUACGAGUGUAGGCUGUACACCGACCAGCCACAACAUUAAAACCACUUACGGGUUUUGUUUUCAUCAGAGUUUGUUGUCUAAGGAAUGCCAAAAAUCACAUUGCCCUCUAUGUAUUUCUGACUCUGCCACAAGUGUUUUGGGACAAUCAUCACCUUGAUAUUUGUUGUUGAUAAUCACAAAGAUGAAUUUAAAAUAUGUAGUCAUUUCCUCUUGUUUGGCUUUGAUAAGUUUAUUCAGCAGCUUGAAAUGUGUCACACUGUUUGGUGUUCACACAGAGGGCCAUUUUUGAUAUUCCAUGGACAACAGGUUCUUAUCAAAAUAAAAGCAGGAGCUCAGGCUAUUGCCCAUGUUGCCAACUUAUAUUAGUUUUUAUCAGGUUUGUUUAAUUUGUGAGGGACUGAUCGUGCAAAUACACAUACUGUAUGUGUGGGUGACACACACAUAUGACAAAUUUAAAGAAAAACCUGCAUAAAUGAGUGGAGAAACAAAUGCAGAUGCUUCCACACAGGUCCACUGCAUGGUACAAUUAAGCAACUAACAUCCGAUCAUGAUCUGAGGCAUGUGUAUCAAGCUGGAAAGAGGGAAAGAUCUAAGUGAUUUUGAAAGAGGGUUCAUUGUUGGGGCACAGAUUGCAAAGACAUCAGCCACAAAGACUGCUCAGCUGGCUUGUGUUUCAGUAAGAACAGUGAUUAAAGUGAUAUCUGCAUUCAGAUAUCUUAGGAAAGACGUCAGUAAACAGGAUCGGAAACUGGUCUCUUCCUCAGGUGACUGAGAAUGUCACUGCAGAUUGUGAUCAGACUGUGGUCAGCAAGAAGAGUCGGCAGUUACAUAGCGAGGGAUAUUAUAGCAGGGCUGCAGUACAUAAACCCCUGAUUACAAAGAUGAAUGCACAUCUGAGAGUUCCACAGAUAUGUGUAAGAAAAAGUGAUAUGGUCAGAUGAGUCAUCCUUCACCAUGUUCUCGACAGGUGGGCGAGUGCAUGUGUGGUGCACACCAAGAGAAUGGCACAGGCCUGAAUACUUGACCCGUACAGUGAGGGGAUCUGGUGGCUCUGUUAUGUGGGGUGGGGGUGGGGCAUUUUGCUGGCAUGGUUUGGGUCCACUUGACCCCCUUAAAGGGAAGGGUCACUACAAAUCAGUGAGUGAUCAUCAUCUGAUAGGAGUGGUCUCUUCCACGAUGAUAUUGCCCCCAUCCACAGGGCACAAGGGGUCACAUGGUUACCCAGCACCUUACUAAGACACUUUAUGUUGGGUUUUCCUUUAAUUUGUCACCCGUGUGUAUGAGUAUGUGAAUUCACCACAGUCUGUCCUCUUUUUACACUUUCUGUUUAAUGUGUUUAUAAUACUCUGAGAGUAUUUUAUGUUUUCUCUGUUCACGGUUGUGACUAUUCCCUUAAUGUCUUGACAGUGCUUCUGUGACAUUUUUUUCCUCUCAUGUUAGAUAAAGUAUAUUUGCAAAAUAGGAGCUUAAUGGGCCUGUUGAGUCAACUUGAAGUAGUCUCAUGAUGCCUGAAAUGUUAGUGCCAGAUUUUUUUAGAUACUCGAACUAAGUCUAAUAUCAAUCAAAUUGAUUAACUGAAUAUAAAGAAAAAAUAAUUAACUGUUUAUUCAAGAAAGGUGGUUUUGUUAAGAUGUUCAGUCUGAAUGAGUUAUAAGAGUGUUUGCAUGUGCAGUAUGGAGUUGUUGUAUUUAGGAACAAUACUGUGGCAGUUUUUUGUAUCUUUGCCAAUUCUUCAAGAAUUCUUUGCACUUUAGUGACAGCUUGGAAGGUUACGAAUGGUUUAUGUACAGUGCAAGGUUUCAGUUAUGUUUGUAAAAAUUUAAGUUCUGCGUUUUAAAGUUUUUUGAACAGCAAGAAGCUUUGCAUUGCAAAAUGUAGCAGUAAAGGCAAAAUUGCAAUAAUCAACUUGACAAGCAACAUCUAUCAUUAAGAUUAAUGUACUUUUUAUGCAGAUGAAAUACAAAAUACUGCAGAGUAAGUAUAAAGGCUAAUAUGAAUUAAUCACAUUUUUUAUUUUUUAUUUUUUGAGUUUGUGAAUGUUAAAUGGUGCAUUUAAUGUCCCACCUCAAAUUUGCCUUUUGAAUAACAGUAGGCCUACAUUGCAGUGGACAUACGGUAUGCCUAACCAUAAAAAUAAUUAAUUCUACAAAGGUUUUGCUUUGUGUUUUACCUUCAUGUUCAAUAUCUGAAGACAAUAUAUAUAAUAUUGUUUAUUAUACUAAGAUAUCAAUAGAUAAAAGAAGAGCUAAAUUAGAAUAAUAAGAUAUCAUCUAUUAGCUUUUUGGCUCUGCAAAGCACAUGAAAAGUUCAGGUCUUAGUGAGACAAGGGAAAAACAAAAGUUGGGAGCUUUUUGUCAUUUUCUGUCAGAUAAAUAAACCCUGUCUUUAUUAAUCACUCCGUAUUACUGUGUAUUGAUAUGUUUUCAGUCUUUGCAUUGGCUGUGGUUGACAGUGACCACUGACCUCCAUGAAAAUAGACUGAAAAAAAAAAAGGUUAUUUUUUCUUUUUUCACUUCUAAAACUGCACAUGACGGUUUCAUUGUUUCCUCCAAACAGUGAAAAACAUGUUAACACACUGAAAUUGCUUGUUUU